UGACAUUUGUUGAUAAAUAUUUUGGUCAUAUUGGUGUGUUCUGACAGUAAGAGGUUGGUAACUGGUAAGGACACACGGGAUGACACAAUAUUAAUUUAUGUGUGAACUGAUUCUCCAGGUAAAGUCUCUGUUAGAAACCUAAUUUUAAUAUCUGAUGAUGGCUGAAAGUAGCUCUAGUAGCAGUGGCUGGGAGUUUGUAGAUAAAGAAGGAAGAAGCUUAGAGAAUUCAGAUGAUAACCAGAGCGAGACCUCUGAAAGUUCAAUUGAGGUCGUCUCUAUGGAUACCAGUGACCCUCAAUCUUUGGAGUCUGUUCAAGAGCCACCUUUACCUUCUCCCACGUCUGGAUCAUACCUUAUUCUGAGGCUUAGGAGUAAAGAAAAAGACUCUCUGACAGAGUCAGAUGAAUCUGACCACCAAGGCAGAGAUCAAGGAAGUCUGAAGAGACGUAAGAAGUCCAAAGCUAAAUUUCCCAGGCCACAGGAGCCCUCUCCUUUGUCGUCAGGGUUGUUGACAGCUAGUGAGGAGGAGAGGGAUUUUGAGACCAUUCCUGAUCCUCAGAAGGAGAAAGCUGAAGUUUGUACAAAAAAAGAAAAGGAGACUGUUGAAGAUGUAACUGAAGAAGAAAUACAGAAUAGCCUGCAGAGAGGAGAAAUCGGUUCCAUGCAGAGUUUUCAGGUGUUGGAUGCUCCAAGUAUAGAAGACCAGGAACCACUGAAUCUUCCUCCUUUCAAUGAAAAUGGAGGGGUGGAUCAAGGGUCAAGAGAGGAGGAUGAGGACUUUAUGUUUCUUGGAGUUCCUCAAGAUGACCCAGAUACUGAGUCCUCCCCAGAAAUGGCCGAUGAGCAGGAUGACCGCAUUGAGAGUGACCGGAGUGAAGAUCGUCAUAGCGAUGACUUCUCCACCCUGUCCAAUGUUGAUAUCAGUGACCUAAUGGCUGAAGACAACCUCAUCAGACAAUAUGUAUUCAGACCUAAUCCAUCUGUCAAUGUCACCUUGAACUUAGUGAUGGUUGUGGUGAUUUCUAUUGCUGUUGGCCUAGGCAUUGGUCAUGCCAUUGGAACAGCCAAAGAGAGAUUUGUCAAUAUGAACUUAAGAGAAAUGUCUGUCAACAUGGAUGAAGAUGGACACUGCCAGUUUGAUAUGGAGGAUGUGGAAAAAUUAACUGUGGAAAACAUAGAGCUGAAGAAGGAAGCAAAUAAGGCUCAGAAUGAAGUUGUUGACCUCCGUUCAGAGGUGAUGAAACUGAGGUAUAGUUCUAUUGUGACGUCCGCAGAGGAGGAAAAAAGAACAGCCAACAAGAAAAACCUGGAACUCAAAGUAGAAGUAAACAAGUUACAACAUGAAAAUGAAGACUUGAAGAAACUAGUGGGGAGUUUGAAGUAUGGAUCACAUCCUGGUAAUGAAGAGGGAAAAAUGUUUGAUGAAGAGUCGCAGAUGGAGGAUUAUCUUGCAUCUUGUUCACGGAGACAAGACCAUGAAAAUGAUGAAAUGGAAGAAGAAACAAAAGAUUCUAUCAUUGAACUCAACGUUAAACAGAGUACGGAGAGCCCCUCUGAUGGACAGAGGGAGGGGGAUAAAAAGCAUGUUAGCAUCAUAGAUGUUGUACACCCAUUUGCCCAUAAUUUAGACAUUGAUUACCAUGUUACAGAAUCUUCUCAGGAAGAUGAUAUUGAGGAUAAUAUUGAUGAUGAAAAUGAUGACAACGAAAGGAGCUCUGAGCAAAUUUCCCAAAGUGAGAGCGAGAUUGAGGAAAUGCCAGGUUAUUUUCCUUGCAGUAGCCAUAAGAAUAAAGCAGACAGACCAGAGGAAUCAGAAAAGCAGCAAGUGAGAGAAUUAAAUGUUGAAUAUCCAGGAACAAACACUGAAAAAGUGUUAAAAUGUGAUGCUUUGGAAGGUGAAUCAGAAGAGUCUGACAGAAGAGAAAACGUAAAUGAUGAGUUGUUAUGGGAAGAUACAUCUGAAAUAAAAUCUGAGUCAAUGGAGGAUAAGCAUGAAGAUAUUGAAGAGGAUGUGGAAAUUCUUGAUGAAGACUUAGGAGACGAAGUAGUGGAGGAUGAGGAUGUGUCUAACACAAGCUCCGAAAAUAUCAGGUAUACAGAGGAGCAACCGAAGACAGAGUCUGGGGGCCAAGGAACAGAGGAGAAGAAGAAGGAAAGCAGUCAGUCCAGUGUGAAGAUUGAUUGGAGAGAGACAAUGCAUAAGAUCUUAAACAAAACAAAGGCUUCAGUGUCGGUUGUUUCUCAGCAGAUUCAGGACACAUGGAAACAGGUGAAAAAUAUGUCGGAAGAUCUUUGGAAGAAAAAUGAGCCAGUCCUUACAAAGCUGAAAAGUAAUGUAGUCACAAAUGUUAAAGAGGCUACUCAAAAGAUCUCAGAAAAGCUGGAAGGAGCCAGGAACUGGUUACGGCACCACAGACCUUAUCCAAGACACAGACAGAAUGACAAUCACCACACAGAGAAAAAACACAGACACAAAAACCACCACUGGAGAAAUCAAAGAGAAGACAAAUACCCAAAACAUAAACAGAAUGAUGAUAUGUACCGAGAAAAGAGAAACAAAAGAGAUUCUAAAUUUUACAAGGCUACAACUGGAAGAAGAUCAUACAAAGAAGAAAGAGAUGAUGAUAAGCCUUGGGGCAAACACAACAGAAAAGCAGAAAGAUUUGAGAGGAAGAGAGAAAGAAAAUUCAACAAAAUCAAAAGAAGAUUUGAAAAGAUGCAUGAAUACCAAUUCUGCAAGAUGAAUAUGAAAAAGAGGCAGAAGUUCUUCAAUAUACUGGAGGACUUUGAUGAGCGAUUUAGUGCAGAUAAAAUGUUAGAUGAUGAUCACAGGUGGUACAGUUGUCAGUGGGAUUGGUGGUGGAAUGCCAUGUCCUUUCAUCUAAACAACUUCAUGUUGAUGGAUCCAAGUUGCCAGGGAACAUUGUUACCAUGGCAGGAGGGAAUUCUGAUCUCUGGGAGAUGGGAAUGCCUUGGAUUCUCACAAAAUCUGAAGAAAGAUGACCAGUUUACAUUCAAGUUUGAUGAUGAUGAAGAAGAUGAUGAUGAUGGUGAUGAUGAUAACAAUGAUGAGAGCAAUAAAAAACACUUUAAUAGCAUGCCUUAUUUUGAUGACUUGAACCUCCAGCAGACAAACAAUGAUACAGAAGAGUUCCGAGGCUGUGAUCCAACCAAAGGACUUUGCGAUUAUGACAAAAAUGACUCCUGGUAUCUGAAGAAGAUGAAGUUUCGUCAGUAUCAAAGAUAUAUAGACACUACGGAGAAAGGAAAAACUGAGUGGAUGUUUGCAAGGGCUAACUACAGGCGACAUGAAAGGGAGAGAACUGACUGCAGUCCUGGUGUUCAUGGGGUGUAUGUGUGUGGGUAGUAUAACACACAGACUAUGGUUUUACUAAUAAAGAACUUGUUUUAUUUUUAAAUUUCUGAAAUUGACAUUUGCUUUUGGUAAUAGAUGUAUGGCUUUUCAAAAAUACAGUAUAAAAUUGUUGUUUAAGGUUUUUGUAGAUCUAGUAAAAAAAAAAUUUUUUUAGUGCUUGCCAGAAAAAAAAGGAUGGAAAAAGUUUUUUUUUUAUUAUGAACACACUAGAAGAUAUAUUGUGCUUAAGAGUUAUGUAAUCAUUAUAUUUUUAGCUCAACAGAGUUUAAAGUUCAAAUGACCUUUCCUGAUCACAAUUUUUCUGCUAUCAACUUGUCUCUCAAUCUAUUCAUCAUUAUUAUUCUUUCACAUAUUCAACAUCUGCAAGAACCAUAAGCUUACAGUUACUUAAACAUAUUUGCAAUAAUUCCAUGAAAUCAACUCGUUUUAUCAUAGUCCACUUAGGGCUAGAUUU